UCCGUAGUGACCCAUGAGACAAAACAGGCUGCAUGGGAUGCGGUGACAUUCAGUGUUAAUGCCAUUGCUCAAAUCCAGAAAUCCACUGACCAAGUAAGGAAGCAGUAUUCUAAUAUUAAGCAGAGAGCCAAAGAGACAGUGGACCACAUGAGAAAGACUGGCGGUGGUCCUAAAACAGAGGCCACUGCAAGUCAGUCACUGCUUCUGGAAAACAUUGGCUCAAGACCGGAAGUGGUGGGCCUUCCUGUCAACUUUGACACUGAAGAUUCCAAUUAUAACUUUCAACUGUCUGAAAUGGACCAGGAUCCAGAGGAAACCUGUGUCUUAUCUGUGGUUUCUGAUGACACAUCUGGACCUUCUACUUUCAGCAGCAAAAUGAAUAACCAACAUGGGAUUAAAAGGAAGAACCUGGCUCAGGGUUUCAGGGACCUAGAAACGGAAAACAUCAAGCUUGAGAACGUCAGAGUGAAAGAGGAAACAAAGAAAAUAUUGUUAGAACAAGAAAAACUGAAGCUUGAAAUAGAGGUACUGAAAUUAAAAAGGAAUUACUACUCUUCCGAAGCAAGUCAGCUAUGUGGUCCAACAUUACUUUAUGAAUCCUAAAUUAUAAUUCAUUUUUGUUUUCAUUAAUUCAUAACUUCAUUUAAAAUUACAUAUCAGUAGGAUAAAUAUAUGGCUAAUUAUGUAUUGAAUUGAU